AUGUCGCACAGCGCCAUGGCGGCAAGGAUGAGGAGAAGAUCCGAAGCACUGGGGCCCAGACAUGGCAAUGGCGUACUUCCUGAGCCGCAGACAUCUAAUGACAGUCUUACAGCUGUCGAGGAUAAAGCGAUCAUUGACUACGUUGAACGAUGGAAGGACCACGGAUUUCAAUUGAAAAAGCAAUCCAUGGUGUCAGAAAUCGCCAGCGCCUAUUUCAAGCACCAUGGUGGCUCAGACAAUGGUACCAGUCGUCACGGUGGGAUAUUUGCUCGCAAUCGGGACUUUCACGAACAAUUCAAAAAGUCCCGAGCGGCAGAGAAAGGCGAACCGUCAAAUAAAGAUCCUGCCGUGGAAGAUGGUAAGCUCUGUGAAUUCAUAGAUCAGUUUGCGGCCCUUCGAUCAGACCAUCGACUCAAUAAUGAGCAUAUUUAUGUCCUCUCAGACACGGGGUAUGCCACUACAAUUCAAAAGGACAAGCAGCCUUUGAACAUAAGCCGCCGGAGAUCGUCUGAGAACCGUGCAUUUGCCUCUGUCAUCUACUGUUACCCAGCCACCGGCAAACCGCUCUCGCCAUAUGUCAUUUUCAAAACGUCAAAAGUUCAAGGGCCCAGAAGGCACGAAAACCGAAUCACGAUAUCGUACAAUAGCAGUGGCUGGGCUGAAAAGACGCAUGCACUGGAUUGGCUGAAUAGUGUGUUUGAGAAGGAAACCUGUCCAUUUGGGCGCCGGGAGCGAGGUCAACGAGACCGAAGCCAAAGACGUCUUCUGUUGAUUGAUAGUCAAUUUCCCGUGACGCCUGAAUUCUUUGUGACGUGCUGGGAAAGAAAUGUCAUAUGUCUCUGUCUUCCAAAAAAAGGCAGUGAAUAUCUCAACCCCUUUGAAAAUGGGAUCUUCAACGCCCUUGAUAAGCUCUAUGCAGAGCAUAUGAAGAAACAAUUACGACAGAGAUGUCCAUACACCAUUUCACCAUCCCAAUUUGCGACCUUUAUUGACCGUGAACUCGGAUUCCCCGAUCGGAGCACGGAAUGUACGAACGCAUGGUUUGUUACUUGCUUGCUUCCACCUAGCCGUACACGAUUGAUCAAACGUCGAACGGGCGACCGGAUUCGAUCUCAAACCGUUGAGCCCAACAGCCCAAUUCGUGCUAGGAGACGCCAUGUCUCACCAGACGAGAACAAUGUUGGAGAAGACGAUGAUCCCAUAUCUGUCAUUGUUCACCAAGAGCAGAUAUCCUCGCGACGGUCGCUGCAAGGUCCACAGCAUCGAGGAACGCCCACCCAGGAGUUCCCAGAAGAACCAGAAGCCUCUGAAAAUUCCUCGGACACCGAGCAUGAUUCGGUACAGAACGAGCCCGAGCAAUCGAGCAGCGAAGAAGAAAGCUCCUAUUUUCAUGUCCCUAUCACGCCGUCGCGAACACCAAGGCAGCUUAAAACCCCCAAGUCGUCCCGCAAAUUGAACUUCCUACCACCAUCGGUGAUGUCGCUUCCGGAUUUUAGAGAGUGCUUUGAUAGGUACGAAACGGUAUCGUCCGCCGAGAAGAAACGGUACCGGGAGGAAAUGACGUUGAGCUAUGCUAGUUGCGUCUGGAAGCUCGAGGAGACCAUUCAAUCGUCGCCAUUGUCGUCUUCCAAAAGAUCACGGACUCGUUGA